GAACUAAAUUUGAUCCCACUUCACGUCACACUGAGAAAGACUAUAAGAGGCGAACACUGCCGGCUCACGAAGACAGGCGACCAGCUCAACAACUCUUUUACCCCUCCCUCCCCUUACUUCGCUAGCGAGAGCCAUCCAAUAUGGGCCCUCCACAGUUCACUUCGCCCGCUGAUAGUGGUGAUCUGUCAGCCUACAACUCAACUCCAGUUGAGGAGAAGACUGCCAUCACUGUGCUUGGCAAGGAUGAGCACAAGACUGACACCGACAAUGUUGGCCACGAGAGUGACGACGAGGAUCCCGAUGCUGUGAUUGUUACUGGAGCUGAUGCAGCGCUGCAUCUGCUGCCACUACGAGAUGACUUCGACAGUGCUCUUACCUUUCGCAGCGUUGUUCUGGCCUCAUGUCUGGCGUGCUUCCAGGCUGUCAUGUACCAGAUUUACACUUUCAAACCGACCCUCAUCACCAUUCAAGGAACCUUUAUCGUCCUCAUUUCAUACUUCGUCGGCAAUGCUUGGGCUCGAUUCCUCCCUCGCGGUGAUCAUUUCGAAUCCCGGUGGAGGGCGCAGGGCGGACAGGGCAAGCUUCCGUUGUGGAUUGGGCUCAUCAAGUUCAUAAACCCCGGGCCAUUUGGUCUGAAAGAGCACGCAAUUUGUUCUAUUACUGCCACAUCCGCCUCAAAUGCUGCUGCCAGUACGCAGGUCUUCGCGGCCCAGGAUCUUUUCUAUAACCUUCCCUUGAGCGCGACUACCGUCAUCUUGAGCACUAUCUCAAUUGGUCUAUUUGGUUAUGGUCUCUGUGGUGUUAUGCGCCCCAUAGCGGUUUGGCACCCAGAGGCUGUCUACUGGGGCACCUUACCGGUUGUCAAGACCUUGCAGGGGCUUCAUUGGCAGCAGGUCAAAAAUUCAAAGCCUCUCCGUUGGUUCUGGUAUGCCUUUAGCGGCAUGGCUCUCUAUGAGAUUAUCCCUGCUUACAUUUUUCCAUGGCUAAACUCUGUCUCCAUCCCAUGUUUGGCUGCUCAGAAGGCCACUGGCAAUACUGCUGCCAUCCUCACCAAUAUUUUUGGUGGAGCAACAAAUAAUGAGGGAUUGGGCUUAUUCUCUCUCAGCUUUGACUGGCAAUACAUUACCUCUUUCCAAACCUCGCUUCCCCUCAAGUUACAGAUUCAUCAAGCGGCGGGAUUCCUCGCUUGCUUCGUCAUCAUGCUUGGUAUCUAUUACGGCAACGGCUGGAAUUCGAAAUCGCUUCCCUUCAUGUCGACACGCCUCCUACAGGCAAAUGGAACAUCCUACCCCGUCGCAACGAUCUUCCCGGGUGGAGUGCUUGACGAAGCCGCCUUAGAGGCCCACGGUCUACCAAAAUUGACGGGCUCAUUUGCUUUUGCCAUGUUUAUGGCCAAUGCUGCAAUCGGCGCCUUGGUUGCACACACCAUUCUCUUUUGGGGAAGAGAUAUCUGGCGGACCUACAAGAGUGCCAGGGCAGGCAAUUACGAGGAUAGGCAUCACGUGCACAUGGCAAAGCAUUACAAAGAAACUCCGUGGUGGUGGUACGUUUUCGUACUGUUUUGUAGCUUUGUCCUAGGUCUGGUGGUGGUUCUCAAGGAGAAUGUCACCCUUCCUGCCUGGGCAUAUGUCGUCUCCUUGAUCGUUGGGAUUGUCUUUUCGCCAUUUAGUACGAUUCUCUAUUCGAAAUAUGGCAACGGUAUUGCUACCAACAACCUCUCGAAGAUGUUAGCUGGCUUGAUGAUUCCGGGCCGCCCUGUUGGCAACAUGUAUUUUGCAGCUUGGUCACACAAUGUCAUCUCCAAUGCUGUGAAUCUGUCCAAUGACUUGAAAAUGGGCGAAUACCUCAAAAUCCCACCCCGUGUCAUGUUCCUAACGCAGAUUUAUGGCACCAUUCUCGGCGGCUUCAUCAACUAUGCUGUCAUGAUCUCGAUCGUGAGUGGGAAUCGAGAACUUCUCACCAACGGCAACGGAGAUUCUUCUUGGAGCGGUGCAACCAUGCAAUCUUACAAUACAAACGCGACUUCCUGGGCCUUGGCAUCUUACCUAUACAGAGCAGGCAAACAGUAUAGCAUAGUACCGGUCGGCUUGGCUAUUGGUGCUGCUGCAGUCGCCGUUCAUAAAGUGAUUCAUAAGUUGGUUCCACGGAUCGGGAAGUUUGACGUGGCCGAAAUCAACCUGCCGCAGUUCAUUCAGUAUGCAGGCUAUAUCCCUUACAACCAGAGUCAGACCUGCGUCCUCUUCAGUUGGGUCAUCGUGGGCUUCUACGUCCAGUACUACCUUCGAAACUUCAAAUCUCGCAUCUUCAAGGACUACUCGUAUCUCAUAACCGGUGCCUUUGAUGGAGCUAGCUUGACGAUCGUGUUCAUCCUCUCGUUUGCGGUGUUCGGAGCUGGAGGCCCGGCGCAUAAAUUUCCGACAUGGUGGGGGAACAACCAGGAUGUUGGAUACUAUGACUGGUGUCCUUCCUCGGACUAGGGUGAUAUUCGUCAAGGGCUAGAGAGAUCCAUGUGGAGUUGCGGCCGAUUCCUGAGCACGGGUCAAAGUGAUACUAUGCGUUUAUACUUGGAGGUUUCGAACUCGAUGCAUAGUUAGGCUACAUAUUAAUAGGGGUGACUUGCCUG